AGAUUGAGAGAGAAAGAGAGAGGGUCCACCGUCUUUACCAAAAUCCAACCCUAGAUAGUCCAAUAAUAACCCUCUGAAAUCUUAGAACGCAGAAAACCAUCUGGAAAACCCUUGAGAAAAUCUCCCGUCAAGUGUUUUGGGAAAGUGGUGCGAUGGAGAAAUCUGGUGGGUGACACCCAAAAAUCCACUUCUAAUUUUUCUCUUUAUGGUGAAGACUAUGAGUGCCUUAAUUCAUUAAACAAGGCAAAAAAAAUACCAAGAAAGUAAGAAAAAAGAGAAACACAGGUAAGCCUAAACUCCGCUAAUCGAUCUUUUUGAAUCGUUACACCUUUUAUCUUACUUCAAUUUCUUGACCUCUCUGUAAAAGUUCAUCUUUUGGUGUAAUAAUAUAAGCAAGCAAUAGUGCUAGACUUUGAGGGGAAAGUAUGGAUCCAGUAACAGCAUCAGCACAUGGUCAUUCCCUUCCUCCUCCUUUUCACACAAGAGAUUUCAAUUUGCAGCAGCAAUUUCAUCAUCAGGGCCAUAAUUCUGAAGAUGAGCAGAGUGAAACCAGUGGCCUAAACAUGGGACAGAUGCGAAAUCGCGAUGAAGGCAGGAAUGAAAACGACACGAACGCUGGUGAGCGCGAAGAGGGCGGGGCCAUGGGUAUGGGAGGAGAGAUGACAAGAAGGCCGAGAGGUAGACCAUCUGGAUCCAAGAACAAGCCGAAGCCACCAAUCAUCAUCACGCGUGACAGCGCUAAUGCACUGCGAACUCAUGUCAUGGAAAUUUCAGACGGAUGUGAUAUCAUGGAGAGUGUUGUGAACUUUGCCAGGAGGCGCCAAAGAGGUGUGUGUAUUAUGAGUGGAAGUGGUAAUGUGACUAAUGUAACCCUAAGGCAACCGGCAGCUCCUGGCGCGGUCGUGACACUACAUGGUAGAUUCGAGAUCUUGUCCCUGGCCGGAUCUUUUCUGCCACCGCCUGCUCCUCCUGCAGCCACCGGGUUGACUAUAUAUUUAGGGGGUGGACAAGGCCAGGUGGUGGGAGGGACCGUUGUGGGCGCACUUUUGGCAUCAGGGCCAGUCAUAGUCAUGUCAGCCUCAUUCAGCAAUGCAGCAUAUGAACGGCUCCCACUUGAAGAUGAAGAGAAUCCGAUCAAUCCAGUUCAAGGGGGUUCACUUGGAUCUCCCCCAGGUGGUGUUGGAGGGCAGCAGCAGGAACAUCUAAUGUCUGAUCCUUCUUUAUUUCAAGGGAUACCACCAAAUCUCCUCAACUCAAUUCAGAUGCCUAAUGAGGCCUAUUGGGCUAGUGGCCGACCGCCAUUUUAGCCAAUUCAAUCAAACUCAAAGAAGGUUAACUCUCUUGAAUUCAACUUGUUUCAUUUCAACUCUUCAAGAUUUUCUAUCUAGAAACUAUUAAGCAGUUCCAGUUACAUUUGGUUUGUUUUGA